AUGCCGAUUUUCGCAGCACGGAAAACCAUACACUCCCAACGCGGCGACUGUACGCCAGUCCAACGGUGGUGCGUAUAUAAGAGAGAAGGGAGAACGAGAGCGCAAGAGAGGGAGGGAACAAGUCGUCGUACGGGUGUCGUUGAGAGAGAAGAAACUUGUAGAGCAACGAAGAUAGCUCAAGUGUUCCAGGACAAAAGAGAGAGAGAAAGACCGUUGUAUAUACCUAACAAGAAAAAGAGACGGAACGUUCUCCUACCACUCGUCCGUGCGCCACGCGACGCGUCUUCCUCCUCUCGUUGCAAGAACGCUGAUUCGUCAAUUCCUAAAAUUGUCGGUGGUUCGGCCGCAGAAGAAGGACAAUUUCCACAUCAAGCUUCUCUUCGUAUUAAAGAAAAACAUUUCUGCGGAGGUUCUAUUUUAAAUAAACGAUGGAUCCUUACUGCAGCUCAUUGUCUUGCUGGAUUAGAUGCUAGCCGUAUAACCGUUGUAUUAGGAACUAAUACCUUAGACAAAGGUGGUGAUCUGUACCGAACAAAUGUAACAAUAGCUCACGAGGAAUAUGAUCCAAGAAAAAUAAAAAAUGAUAUCGGAUUGAUUAAAGUUGAUAAGGAUAUUGAAUUUACCGACAAAAUAAAACCAAUUAACUUACCGACAGAGAAUUAUCAAAAAAUUGACAGUUAUGUUAUAUUGUCGGGUUGGGGUAGAACAAGCUAUCCUGGAAAUUCACCGAACGAACUUCAACACAUCAAAUUAAAAGUAAUCGAUCAAAAAAAGUGUGCUACAAUGGUAAUAAUUACUAGAAUUCCUGUUUCCGACACGAAUAUUUGUACCUUAAAUCAAUAUGGAGAAGGUGCUUGUCAUGUAUGUACUUUUGAAUUAUUUUCUAUAAUACUAUUAAGAAAAUAUACUCGAUGAUAUACUCGAUGAUAUACAGGGUGACUCUGGCGGUCCUCUUAUCGACGGAGACGAACAAGUCGGAGUUGUUUCUUGGGGUAUUCCAUGUGCAAGAAAUCGACCAGAUGUUUUUACUCGUGUAUUCAGUUACCUG